AUGGGUGUUUCAUAUCAAGGACUUGAUUGUCUUGCUGAUAUGUCUAAUUCAACUUAUAUGAUGUAUCAACAAUUACUGCAAACAGAAAUACCUUGGGCCGAUCAAUCAAAUUAUGCAAAAUAUACGAUAUAUUUCGGCAUAGUUACUAUAUUUAUAUCAACACUUAAAAAUGCAUACUAUAGAUUUAGAGAUUCAACGUAUUUAAAUACAAGAUCAUCAAACAAAUUUUCAUCAAUUGUAGAUGUUUUAAUUUCAUAUUGUAGAUUUGUUGGUUAUAAACAAGUACCUAAAUAUUUAACAUAUUUAUCAUUUCCAAAUUCUGUUGGGUCAACUUUAUAUAUGAUGAUAAGUGCAUUGUAUUUAUUUUGUUAUUGUUUGGUCCCUCAUUUUUGGUAUAGAGGUUGUGCUGGUUUUGGUUCACCACCUUUAGCUGUUAGAGCGGGAAUGAUGGCUACUGCAUUAACACCUUUUAUUUAUAUAUUAGCUGGAAAAUCAAAUGCUAUAACUUUAUUAACUGGUAUAAGUUAUGAAAAAUUAAAUGUGUAUCAUCAAUAUGUUGGAGUUUGUACUUUGGUUUUAUCUAUAAUUCAUACAAUUCCAUUUAUUCAUCAAGAUUUAGUUGAAGGUGGCUCUGGUCAUUUACAUAUGAAUUUUAUAAGUGAUCGUUAUUAUUAUAGUGGAAUUCCACCUUUGAUAUUAUUAGGUUUAUUAUGUACAUUAUCAAAAGCAUGGAUUAGAAAACAUAUAUACGAAUUUUUCUUACAUUCACAUUGGAUGUUUGGUAUUGCAUAUUUUGGUACUUUAAUUUGGCAUAUAGAUAAAUCUUUAGAUGCUGAUGAUUAUAUGUGGGGAGCAUUAGCAUUUUGGGCUACACAAUUGAUCUAUAGAAUUUUGAUUAAAACUGCUUUCAAACCAAAUUCCAUGUUUUUAAAAUCAAGACCAGCUAUUAUGAAUCAAUCAGGAGAUAAUGUUUAUGAAAUUGUUAUUGAAAAGGUUAAGGAUUAUAAGUGGGCACCAGGUCAACAUUGCUUUUUAAGAUUUGCCGAUUUAUCAAUUUUAGAUAGUCAUCCAUUUUCAAUAGCAUCAAUAAAGGAAGAUGAACAAGGAAUGAGAUUUAUAGUUAUACCAAAGAAAGGAUUAACUAAAUCCCAUUUUGAAGAAUUGAAUACAAAAUUAACUUGUGAAAAGAAAGUAUUUAUCGAUGGCCCAUAUGGUGGUACAUUUAGAAAUAUAGAAUCAUUUGAAAGGGUUGUUUUAAUUGCAUCUGGUAGUGGGGUCACUGCCACUUUACCAUUUUUAUCAUAUUUAUCCAAACAUAAUAAUAUUUUAAAGUAUGUCUCAUUUAUAUGGAUUGUAAGAAAAACUGAAGAUGUGAAUUGGAUUGAUGAGAAACUUAAAGAAUGUCAAAAAUUAUUGGGUAAUAAAUUAGACAUACAAUUACAUGUAUGUGAGAAGGAAGUGGAUGAAAAAUAUAUAGAAAAUGAUUUACAAUAUAUCUAUGAUAAACCAUCAGUCAAAAAGAUUAUUACAAAUUUAGUCAAUACAUUAACAACAAGAAAUAUGUUUAUUUGCUCAGGUAGUGAUUCAAUGAAAAGAGAAGUUAGCAAGUCAGUUUCUGAAUUACAAUCCUUAAUUUUUAAUAAUGAUUAUGAAGCAACUAAUAUUGAAGAAAUAUAUUUGCAUACGGAAUCAUUUGGUUGGUAA